CCCAGCGGUUGAACAGCUUCUUUUGGGAUGUGCCAGGAAAGCCGGCCCCAGCAUUAAAGGAAGCUGCGAAUACCCUCUUGGCACUGCCUGCUAGAAUCCGGGACUGGCUUGCUGUUAUUGACAGAUCUAAGGAGCUGGGCGUGCAUUUGGGGAGCUGGAGAAGCCGGCUACAGCCCUGCUCUCUUCCCCUCUGGCUUCCACUAGCUUGGCUUCUCCAGGCUCGGACUGGCUGUCAAGCGGAGCAGGCCGGUGGAACGACACUUCUGGCUUUGGCUUUGAUCUGUGGGCAAUUAUGUGAUUAAAAAAAAGAGGAGCCCAUAAAGUACAGCAUGGAAGGGUGGUCCGGCAGCCGGGACUGGCACCAUCUCCUGGCUCCCCAUGAAGGAGAAGACCCCCCCACCACAUGCUCCACACUGUCUACGUGAGCCAUCCAAACCAGGUGCUCAAGUCACACUGAUCAAGGCGACAACUUAAAGCUGGGCAGCAAUAUGGAAAACAAUGCGAGUCCUCGCGCUGCUGUCUUUCUCAUCGUGUUCGGUCUGAUCACGCUGCUAAUAAUCUACAGCUCCAACAGCAGGAGUGAGGACUUCCACUACACCUCCUUGGGAGUAAAGCUCCCUCUGCCUCCGAGCCUGAAGGAAUGGGGGGUGAAAAAUGGAUACCUCCCUGUUUCUGGAAACAAGACAUUGGACCGUCACUGCAACCAGUGUGCAAUUAUCACCAGCUCCAGCCACCUCCUUGGGAGCAAACUGGGUGCAGAAAUUGACCAGACAGAAUGCACAAUCCGCAUGAAUGAUGCUCCCACCACGGGGUAUGAAGAAGAUGUUGGUAAAAAAACCACCUUCCGGGUAGUAGCCCAUUCAAGUGUCUACAGGGUCAUGAAGAGGCCGCAGGAGUUUGUAAACAAGACUCAGGACACCACCUUGAUCUUCUGGGGCCCUCCCAUCAGGAUGCAACAGGUCCUUAACAAAGUCAUCCAACGGGUCAUUAUGUCGUUCCCUAACAUGUCGGCUUUCGUAGCUUCUGCCAGACGCAUGAGUCAGUUUGACAACCUGUUCAGGAAAGAAACUGGAAAGGACAGAGUGACGUCACGGUCCUGGUUGAGCACAGGCUGGUUCACCAUGGUGAUCGCGGUUGAGCUGUGCGACAGAGUUCACGUUUACGGGAUGGUCCCCCCUAAUUACUGCACCCGUAAGACUCCUCUACCCCGUAAGAUGCCGUAUCACUACUACGAGCCGAAGGGCCCAGAUGAAUGCUUCACCUACAUUCACAACGAGCGGAGCCGCAGAGGCAACCACCACCGGUUCAUCACUGAAAAACGGGUGUUUGCCAACUGGGCAACCCUCUACAACAUCACCUUCUCCCACCCAGAUUGGGAUUAGCACUGUACACAAGUGCCAACUGCACACAAGGUGCCAAACCCUUCCACUCGGGCAGGGAGGUCAGUGGGGCCGUAGUGCCCUCUCCCCAUCCAAAAGAGGAAUCCUUUGCAUGAAGAAGCUGGUCUAGCAGCUGAGAGCUUUGGCUGCCAGUUUCAGGCGUUCACCCAGCGUCAAAGGGGGAAUCAGAGCGCUAUCCCAUCUUUCUGACACCCAAAGCCCCAUUGAAUCAAGUUCAGCAUUCUGUUAAGAUUCCAGGAAAUUCAAAAAUCUGGGUGUGAAGGUAGCGGCCUCUCUGCCACUCCGACUAUAUUCUGUGCUGCUCCAUCUAGCUAUCCUAGAAGAAAUAUAAUCCUCCUUUUACUCAGCUGUCAAAAUGCAAGAGGGGAGCUGGUGUGGAGAAGGAACGAUGGGAGAAUGUGUUUCUGAUUUCUAGAGCUAUUAAUGAUCUUGCUUCCAUUUUCCGCCUCCUGGCUUGCUGGCUAGGGCCACUUCCCAGUUCUGUUCUGGAUCUAGCUAAAAAGGAGUCCUCCUGAGUGUUGCUGCUAACCCUGGUUGAGCUUUACGAACCGCCUCCCCAGAGAAGAAAGCCACAGCGCAAGCAGGAGAACAUGGCUUGAACAAAAUGAGGCCCAACCCCCAAACUGCUCGUUGAGUUCUCUUCAUCGCUUGCUUUGGUUCAACAUGCAUUUUCACAGUAGCCGAGCUAAUGUGGCUGAGAGCCAGGCAGCUUCCCUGCAGUCACAGACUUGAGUACAAGGCAGGGGUGAGGUCCAAGCCACAAGCAUCCAUUCAGGUAGACUUGCAAACCAACACUACACAUGUCGUUUCUCCACCUACAACAUGUAAUUGUCAUGGCCACGAGUCUGGCGAUGGCCACCCGUGUGGAUGCUUUUUGUGAAGGGGCUUAUUCGAGGCGGAUAAGCUGAAUGGUGAUUAUUAAGUAUGAUAAAUAAAUGGAACCUCCAUCAUCAGUGGCAGUGUAUCUCUGAAAACCAGAGGGACAUUAAAAACCUGGGGAAGGUAACAGCCUUGAUGCCCUCCUUGUGGGCUUCCAGGGGUAUCUGGCUUUUUGUUUUAUUUUGAAUGUUUAAACCCAGUAUCUCUGUAUCUCUUUUCACUGCCUCUCUUUUCAGUUUAGAGAAAUAUUUUACCAUUCUUGUACAAUCACAAUAACCCUGAAAGGUUGGUUGAGGUUGAAAGAAAGGGCAAAACGAUACGGUUUGAAGUGUAGUUUGGGGGAUUGCUUUUUCGGAGGGCUUUCUUUUUUUUAGGGGAUCAACAAAUGGAGGGGGUAAAGGGCGGUUGACGUUUUCCUUGCCAGGCAUUUGUCUGCUCCGUCCCUCCCAUCCGCCCCUACGACGUUUAUUUGGACGUAGUUCCACUUCCGCCCAGAGCUGACUGGUCACCCCACUGAGCUUCAGGAGCAAGUUUUCUACUUGAUCCUCUCAGCCCAAAUUAGUGUCCUUUCCUCCGCAUUGCCCUGUCCCUUGCCCUUUUCUUUCUGUAUGCACAAUCGCUACCGUUCGACAUGUUAAUCUGCACUGAAAGUACUGAAAGAGAAAGGAGGCCUUCCUACCAUUCCUAGCGGCCUUGAUUGCGGGAAUGAAAGAUUUUUCAAAUGGGCGAUGAUUUGGCAUUCAAUUAUUUUGUGGAUACUUCUGAACCUCAGCUGCUGUUCGAUGCCUCUUCCUUCAUCCAGCUCCCCCCAUUAAGCCAUUCUGCCCUUAGCAACUCUUUGCCAGAUUGCCAUGGCAACUCUUUGUUGCAAGUGGUGGAGCUGUUUCUUGCUAUCGGAAGAGCCAGUCAUGCCAAUUUACAACUCGAGCGUCAAGGUCUGCUUGGGUUUUUGCACUCUGGGUUCUGGCACAGCUUGUGCAGAGAGCGAGGGAGUUUUCCUUCCUAGCUGACUUGUUUCUGAGCUGGCGGGCAGAGGCUGCCCCCACCCCAGCCCUCUAGGAUUGGGACUGGAAGGUGCCCUCGUGAAGGAGUUAACACGAACCUCGGCAGCCUCCUUAUCACACCACAACAUCCUUGUUUGUACAUCGGCACCGGGUAUGGCGUCAGAGCAGCACCAGGACCCAACGAGCACCACCCGGCGAUCUGAUGUUUAUACAGCUACAAAUGCAGCGAGGGGAUUAUAUAUUUUCGUUCUCUCUUAUCGCCGAAAUGGUCAGUAGUCAAAUGCAGGGGAGGAUGCUUCACAAAGAAAAUCCAGAUAGACUUGUUCACGGGUUCCUGCUCAGGACACAGAGCUCUGCCUCCGUCAUCUGCCUUAACAAUAACAGGAAUGCUUUCCACUAUGUGAUUCGUGAGCUAUCUUGUGCAUACAUCUUCACGAUCGUUUAGCCAGUUUUCCCAUGUUGACCUGAGGCUGGCAGUGACCUGGUGAACAGAGGAAGCAGUUGGGAAGCCCUCAGCAGUUGUUGCUGCUGCAUUUUCCUAGUUUUAAAUGCUGGGAAGAGGUAGUCACUAUCUAGGUGAAUGUGCAGAGCAGCUAAACUCUCUACCCAUAUGUUAGAUAUGUUGGGUUAAAUCCGAAGGUUCCAGAGAUGAAGGAUAGAUAAGGUUCCAAAGACUAGAUUGCUGGAUCCUUUCUUAAUUUGUCAUCAAUUUUGAAUAAUCUUGCCAUGUCUCAGUUUCUCCAUCUGCAAAAUAGGGAAGGGGAAAAAAAUCCUGCCAGACCUGAUGCGGAGGGAGGUUUGCAAAUUUUUCUUGUUUAUGUUCCAGUCCAGAGAAAUGUGGAAUUAACAGAAGGCUGUUGGUGCUUUGAGGACUGCCAGAUUCACAGCAUCUGCUGAUAGCUGGGGAACAGUACUGUGACCCAUGUCUGGAAAUCUGGUUAUGCACACCCAGUGUGUUUAAAAUCUCCCUUGGGAAAAAGGGUGAUGGUUUUAUCUCAUGGCCAGCUUCACCCUGGUAACCACGGCUUGCCUUGGCUGUGAGCUACUGGUGUUGCAAAUAAAUGUGGUCCUAUGAAAGCAUGCACAGAGGCGCUAGUAGGACCAACAACUCACAGCUGGCAUGAACGGUGGCUACCACAGCUGUGCUGGCUGCAAGCAUGGGCUUUUGGCUAGCUUUUGAUAUAGACCAGCUUUGGAAUGAGCAAGAUUAAACAAAAAUAACCAAAGCCACCUUUGCAUGUGGGAAUUCAAGGUGCAUGGAGUUGAAUCAUGCCGCUUGAUCUCCUGGGAACACUUUGGUGUCUUUGCUUUCUUUAGAGUCCUCACUUCUCCUUCCUUUAGGCCUAGUUCUAACCCAAGUGGUUAGAUGUCUGUACAAAAUGACUGCAGAUAUGAGUGAAAGAUAACAUAUUGGAAUACAAUCUCAAGAAAAAAAAUCCCUGCCGAUGGAAAACUAGCAUGCCAGGGCACAGGGGGAGGCAACAGCUUUUGUCCCUGAAGAAAAAACUAACCUCUCGGACCCAUAUUUUGGGUAGGUGAUGAGGACAGUCAGUUGUGUAAUGUGGGACUGCUGUGGGGCUGUCAGUGGUGUCGCAUUAGGAGAGGAGUGGCUAACCACAUAGUCUCAUGUGCACGUAAGCUAAUAAAAUCCAAGAUGUAGAAAACCCAAUUCUUGGCACUUUGCAAGAUGUAGCGUUCCACAUUGUGUACAUAGAAAACUUGCUUCUAGUCCUUCAGUGUUACCAUUCAGCUGGGGGAGGGGGGGUCUAAGUGCCAAAUGUAGUAUAGUUUAUUUUUUCUGAAUGGCUCUGAGGGAUACUUAAGGUACCCUGUUGUGAAGAAAUGCAAAGCAGGCAAGAUUCUAUUUUUAUUUUUAUCAGUCACAUAUUUGUGUCGAUUUAAAGAAGUAUGCAAGCCUUCAAGUCACACAGAACUCUUAAUCAGAAAACUUCAUAUGGCAUGAAGUGUUCUGUGUAACGCAGAAGCUUGGAAUAAAGAAUACUGCCUUAUCUCUUAGGUAUUGUCUCCUGUGGGACCAAAACAGUGACAACUGUAUGUAUCAAACUUGCGGAUGAUCAGACAUCUGGAAUAAUUUAUGCCCUUAUAUACAUAUACUUAAACUAGACACGUGCAGAACUAAAGCAUAAUCAAAGUGGACAGGACAAGAACUUAGGGCCGAUUUAGGUUAGACAUAAUAGAUCCAUGAUCAGUUGAAGAGAAAUCAAUCUUCCGCCGUGAGCUGCCAUUGGCUGCCAUAGGGAGAAAAAACAGGUUCUGCCUCCUCCCAUCAAGGCCAGUAAAACAGCUGGAUGAAAAUGAUUUGUCCCCAUAAAAUGGCAGUGAGGAAACCAUCCCAUCACCUCCACCACGGCUGCUUUUAAAGAAAACGAAAGCAUUGGAGAUCCAGUGGCAGCUCCCUAGUAUUAUAUCAAGUCCUACUCACCUUGUACCAAGCGCCAGCUCUAUGUUCAGUUCGAACUGCAUUUGAUCGUAGCUAAUUCGCCUAUGCUGGACCUCGUGGUAGGGCUUCAGAGUAGUAUAUUGUACACUAACAAUGGUAAAAGAAUAAGUGACUGGGAUCAAGCUUGCCUUGAUCAUCUUUGUUGGUAGGAUCUUCUAAACUAUCUCUGUGGUUGGCACAAAGUGUCUCAAUGAUUGGUCACUUUUUAGCCCAAUUCUGUUUGGGAAUUCUGUCCACAAGUCUUACACCACUGAUGAGAAAUGUUAAUGAACACAGUAGCUCACACACACGAUUGUCUGGUGCCCGGAGCUGCACACCAAACUGGAAAGGAAGAAGAGAGUUUUGUAAUUAUUUGUAUGGAAAUAAAUAUUGCUAUAUCUUGAAGCAUUUUCCUUUCCUGCUUUUCUUUUAAACAUCUCCCCCCGCAAAUGGUUCGUAUUACCUGUAUCUUUGUAAAUUCAAAGUAUUGAAGUGAUACUUUUGUCUGAAAGC